GAUGAAUCAACCCCGCGAACGGGGUUGAACUGGUGUUAACCGGAUCUUACCUCCCUCUUCCCCAAGUUUUUUUUUUGUUAGAUGUCCGCGUUGAGUUGUAUGGACUCACAUUAGAUUGCGCCUGCUUUCUUGUUGGAGCGGUUAGCGGCAGGUUGGCUGCGUUGUUUUGUUUCCGUUGCUGGCUUCGUCGCGUUUCAACUGUUAACUUUCUUCCCAGUGAGUGAGUGCGUGUUGGCAAGGCAGGACUAGGCGGACUUUAGUGGGCGUGUACGGUUGUUUUGUGUAUUUAAAAUGGAAAACACGGAGAACUCGACGAAUAAAACUUCAUAUGCCUUUCCUCCUGAGAAACCCGAACCGAUUGGAAAAUGGGCGAAAAUAAGACGGGCGAUAUGGAAUCCUGAAAGCAAACAAUUUUUGGGAAGAACUGGUAAAAGUUGGGCUGGCAUUUUGUUCUUCUACGUCUGUUUUUAUUCUGCUUUGGCUGCGCUGUUUGCGAUAUGCAUGCAGGUUCUUCUGCUAACUGUCAACGACGAGCAGCCGCGAUGGACACUGGACAACUCUCUCAUCGGCACCAGCCCAGGUCUUGGCUUUCGUCCCAUCACUAAAGACGUUGAGCAUGGUGGUUCUCUCAUUUGGUACGAUGGGAAAAAUGAAUCACAAAUCAAAAUAUGGAAGGAUAGACUGGAUGAGUUUUUGGAAAUGUACUUGGACAAGAACAAGCUGCCGGGCAAGGGCCAGAACCAAGUGAGCUGCAACUUCACCCGGCCGCCGAUCGGCAAGCAGGUGUGCGAGGUGCCCGUCAACAAGUGGGGGGAGUGCAGCAGCAGCAACGGCUACAGCUACCACAAGAACGCCCCUUGCAUAUUCAUCAAGCUGAACAGGAUUUUCGGCUGGGUGCCAGAAUAUUACAAUGACCCAGAGAGUUUACCAGAAGAUAUGCCCGACAGCUUAAAGGAGGCGAUUAACAGAACUGACCCUAAGGAAAGGAACAUGGUUUGGGUGAGCUGCCAAGGUGAAAAUCCAGCAGACAGGGAGAACUCAGGGACCUUCUCCUACCACCCAAUGCAAGGAUUUCCCAGUUUCUACUACCCUUACACGUUCCAGGAGGAUUACCUCAGCCCGCUGGUCGCCGUCCGCCUAGAAAGACCCGCUUUGAAUGUGCUGAUCAACAUUGAGUGCAGAGCCUGGGCAAAAAACAUAAACUACGUCCGCAAUGCCAAUCAGCGAGAAGGAUCUGUCCAUUUUGAGGUCAUGAUUGACUAACACAUGUAUAAUAAUGACCAUCCACACAACAACAAGUGUCCUCUGGUUAGUGUACUUAGUGUGGUUCUCUGUCCACCUCCGAAUGCCUCUCAGCACAAAGGAAGAGACUACUACUUAGCAUUUCUGUGUACUUAUGUGAUAUACUUAAUGUUUUCAUCCAAGACAGAACCACAGAAAUUUUAAGUGUCUUAAAGAAAUGAUAAAUGAGCUUACUUAUAAAAUGUAUUCCUGCUAGUCAUGCAACUAUUUUUACUCAGUUGUAAAUGAUCUGCAAAUAAAUGUGAUAGCUGUGUCUAAAAUAGUGAUAUUUUAAUGAGCUAAUAAUAUUUUUGAAAAAUAGCAUAAAGGAAACAUUUAUUUUUUACAUUUUAUCCUUGCAGCAGCAAUGCUGUUGUUGCAGUUCGCUUUUAAAAGUAUUGUAAUCUUCGGUGUGCUCCAAAUUCCCCUAAGGGAGAUAUUCGUCUUCACAUUUUUUUGUCUUGGAAUAUGACUGUUUGAAGUUAUGUAAAUAUUUUAGGAGAUAAUAGUACAAAAUUAUAAAUAUUAUUAUUACAGAACUAUGUGAGGAACUUUUAAAUAUGUGGAUGAGUCACAUUUACAUGAUAACAGCUCUGGGCCAUGCCAGUUUUACUACACAAGUGAUCACUACUUGUGUCUUGAGCAUGAGCAAGAAAUUGAUGCUAAGAAAUUUUUUGGGACUUGAUAGCUUCUCAAAGAUAACGUAUACCUAUGUAGUAUUUUAAUGUAUAAGUUUAGCUGUUGAUUUUUGUUUCUUUUUCACACUUGUAACUUUCAGUAUUCUUUAUUGUUAUGCAUACCAGAAAAUCUUUCAUUCUACAAACUUAACAAAUAGUUGUUUUAAUACAUAUAUUUUAAUGUGCUAUAAUCUCAGUUUUAUUGGCAUUGUUUUCACUUAUUCAUGAAUCAUUAUAAUGAUAUUCAAAUAUUUUUAAACUUAAAAAAUAAAAUGUUUCUUGUUUACAAAGAUAAUUACAAAUAGUUAAAGUUUGUACAGAUUUUGAGGUAGUAAAGAGUGUAUUUGUGUUAUGUGUUGUUUUGUUACACUUUUUUGUUCAUAUGGCAGUUGUACAGCCAAAUAUUAAAAUAUAUAUGAUGUAUGUUUUGUUUAGUGUACCAAAUUGUUAUUUUAUGAUAAUGGUGACGGUUCAGCUUAACGUUUUAAUGUAAAUUAAUAAAGUAGCAAGAAAUGUGUAACAAAAUGUUUUGUUAGAUUUUUGCCCCGUUUUAAACGACAGUUUAAGAAAUUAUUAUGUGUAUCCCCAUGCCUGUUUUUCACUUGUAUUUAAUGAUUUACUUUGAAUUUCAUAAUUUGUUACUUUUUUAAUUGUGUUUAGUAUACAGGAAAGCCAUUUGUUUAGUGGAAGUACUUUUUGUGUCUUAAUUUUAGGAUAAUAAUUUGCUGUUAAAAUUGUAUUUGUUUGCGUGAUUGUCUCAUUAAAAAUUACUUGUAAAAGUA